AUGACAGAAGAGAGUUUCCCCCAAGUAUUGCAAGAUCUUCACGGUUUCUUGCGGAAAGAUGGACCCUCCUCUCUGUUUGACAAGAGCGUCAUGGCCACACCUGUGACUGCCAUCAAGGCUUUGUUGGGAGUCGUCCAACGUUCCAAUGCCACAACAAUGAUGGAAUUGCAAGAUGAACUGAAACAGGCCCGUAGCAUCAUGAUUAAAGAUUUUGAACAAGGCUCCCAAUCGUCUGGAAGAGGACGAAGUCUGAUUGCCUUGGCGAGUGGAUGUGAUUUGUUCCUCAAGUAUAUUACCAGAAGUUUCUUGGAGCUUCCCGAUUUUGAAGCCUGUCGACAAGAAGUAUUGGCAAGGGGUGCUCAAUUUGCGGACAUUAGUAUUGCGGCACGGGAUAGCAUUGCCGACAUUGCGUCCGACUUUAUUCAAGAAGGUCAAACUGUUCUAACCCAUGGAUGGAGUCGAGUGGUGGCUUCGGUCUUGUUGAAGGCGGCCGAAACCAAGCACUUUGAUAUCAUCAUUUUGGAAGGACGUCCGGAUGGAGCAGGUGCCAGAGCAGCUAAACUCUAUGCCGAACACGAUAGCAACAUCCCCACAACCGUUGUGUUGGACUCGGCGAUGGGUUACAUUAUGGAAUCGGUCGAUAUUGUGUUGACAGGAGCCGAGGCAGUACUGGAAAAUGGUGGUUGUGUCAACAAGAUGGGGACCUACACCAUGGCUAUUUGCGCCCAAGCCCAUGGAAAACCAUUCUAUGUGGCGUCUGAGAGUUACAAAUUUGCUCGUUUGUAUCCAUUGAAUCAACGAGAUCUGCCAAACAUGGGCAGCAUCCCACUGAGAUCAUAUGACACGACGAGAGGUGAGGAAAAGGAUAGCCAGGAAAUUGUUCUGCCAGAUAAGGUCAAGGUGACGAAUCCACCGUGUGAUUACACACCAGCAAAAUUCAUCACGCUGCUCUUUACCGACUUGGGCGUGUUGACACCGAGUGCGGUUUCCGACGAGCUAAUUCGGUUAUAUCAAUAA